GCUCCCUGAAAGGGGAUGGUGGUGCCCGCUUCCCUCCCUCCCUCCCUCUUUCCAGGCUAUGAGGUGAGCAGUUCGCUCCCCCAGGAGCUGCCACCAUUGCCACCCAGGACGCCCACCACAGGAACAGAUCCCACCCAAAGCAAUAGAUCCACGCAGUCCUCGUCUGGCGCCACCAAAACCGAAGACCGACCUUAUCAUCAGAAGUUGGGAUAAUAAUUUGUGAUAUCACUAAUCCAGCCUCCCUUGAUGAAAUGGCUAAACAGGCAACAGUUGUCCUCAACUGCGUGGGACCUUAUCGAUUUUAUGGAGAACCUGUGGUAAAAGCAUGUAUUGAAAAUGGAACGAGCUGUAUUGACAUCUGUGGGGAACCUGAGUUUCUGGAGCUAAUGUAUUGGAAGUAUCAUGAGAAAGCUGCUGAAAAGGGGGCCUACAUCAUUGGAAGCAGUGGCUUUGACUCCAUUCCAGCGGAUCUGGGAGUGAUAUAUACCAGAAAUAAAAUGAAUGGUACUUUGACUGCUGUGGAAAGUUAUCUGACUGUACAUUCAGGACCUGAGGGGUUGUGUAUUCAUGAUGGUACCUGGAAGUCAGCAAUUUAUGGUUUUGCAUCUCAGAGUAGUUUGAAAAAACUACGAAAUUCAGCAAAUCUGAAACCUGUCCCCUUCAUUGGUCCAAAACUGAAAAAAAGGUGGCCAGUGUCUUAUUGUAGAGAACUCAGCGCAUACUCCAUUCCUUUCAUGGGAGCUGACAUGUCUGUUGUAAAGCGGACUCAGCGAUACUUGCAUGAAAUGUUAGAGGAAUCACCAGUUCAGUAUGCUGCUUAUGUAGCCGUGGGAGGCAUCACCUCUGUUAUUAAGUUGAUGUUUGCAGGACUUUUCUUUUUAUUCUUUGUGAAGCUUGGCAUUGGAAGGCAACUUCUCAUAAAAUUCCCAUGGCUCUUCUCCUUGGGUUAUUUUUCAAAACAAGGUCCAACACAAAAACAGAUAGAUGGCUCAUCAUUUACAAUGACAUUCUUUGGGCAAGGCUAUGCCCAAGGCCUUAGUACUGAUAAGAACAAACCAAAUAUCAGAAUUUGUACUCAGGUGAAAGGACCAGAUUCCCACCUGGUUUGUUACAAGGCUGGCUAUGUGGCCACUCCCAUAGCCAUGGUCCAGGCAGCCCUGACUCUUUUGAAUGAUGCCUCUGAUCUUCCUAAGGCGGGUGGGGUCUUCACACCUGGAGCAGCUUUCUCCAGAACAAAAUUGAUUGACAGACUCAACCAACGUGGUAUUGAAUUUAGUGUCAUUAGCAGCUCUGAAGUCUAAACAUUUGAAGAAUUAACUGAAGUCAUAAAAGCAUGAAUUAUUAGCUUCUGUAUUUGAUAUUUUAAAUUCUUCUAAAAGCCUGACUAUAUAUUGAAAACAUUGUUAAAUCUAAAAUAUCUAUACAUUAAAAGCAGGAAAUUACUAGCUUACCUUAAACUUCAGAUCCCAGCUGACUUUGUGAUUUUUUUGCUUGUCAGAGAAAACUAAUAUUUGACUUACUUUUUAAUUGAACUGUUUCUGAUGAAUUUUUACAAUGAGCUGGUAGGUCAGGUGGUGGAGGCGUUGCUCUCUCUUGCUAAUGGCAUUCUUCAGUGACGGUGCUCAGGCUGGCGUCCGGCUAGAGCAGUCCCUGUUGCCUUGCUUGAUGUGGGAUCAAAUGGAAUCUUCACCCUCCGGUGAGUUUCUCUGCAUACAGCAUGCGCUUUUUUUGCUAAACGAAACUGCACUUUUUUCUACUUUAGCCUGGAUUUUCAUCCGUCUACACUAAUUUAGGACUGUUACCUAAGUUGAAUAAUAAAGAGCUGUCACCAAUGGA